AAGUGCUGCCCGGCGUCCUUGCCCUUCGUCUGGGCUCCGGGACACCGGUGGAAGGCACGGCGUGUCGCUGCCCUGCUCUGCUCGAAUCAUGCAGGGGGCCCCGAAGGAAGAGAAGGCAACUGACCGGCCCACGCCGACCGUGGUCGAGGGGCACCCUGCUCUCUGAAACGCCCGCCCCCCACCUGCUGCCAUGUGUCGCCGCCACAGGUGCCUAGCUUGUCGUUAAACUUUUCCAGCUCUGGCCGGAUUCGGAGUCUCGGGACGGAGGAGCCCGGCUGGUUGCAGACAUCUGCCUCCCAGCAGGACCCUCAGAGAGUUGUGUCCUUGGAAUCGGAGCCCUAAUCGUCUCUCUAGCUAGCCCUAUCUGGCGUGGAGCGCUGCCGGCGGAGGCAGCGCCUUCCCGAGGCAGUUUAUCUUUGGACGGAUUUCUUUAAGAGAAAAAGAAACCAACAGGUUGCCAGCCCGAGCGUCACACUCAAGAUUCCGGAGAGGGAGAAGCCGGGGCAGCGGAUUCGUCGGUCAGCGCCGACCCUUGCGGGCAAGGGGAAGAAGGGGGCGAUGGCUCGACCCGACCCGUCCGCUCCGCCCUCACUGCUGCUGCUGCUACUAGCGCAGCUGGUGGGCCGGGCAGCGGCCGCCUCCAAGGCCCCGGUGUGCCAGGAAAUCACGGUGCCCAUGUGCCGAGGCAUCGGCUACAACCUGACGCACAUGCCCAACCAGUUUAACCACGACACGCAGGACGAGGCAGGCCUGGAGGUGCACCAAUUCUGGCCGCUGGUGGAGAUCCACUGCUCACCGGACCUGCGCUUCUUCCUGUGCUCCAUGUACACACCCAUCUGCUUGCCGGACUACCACAAGCCGCUGCCACCCUGCCGCUCCGUGUGCGAGCGCGCCAAGGCCGGCUGCUCGCCUCUCAUGCGCCAGUACGGCUUCGCCUGGCCGGAGCGCAUGAGCUGCGACCGCCUCCCUGUGCUGGGCGGUGACGCCGAGGUUCUGUGCAUGGAUUAUAACCGAAGCGAAGCCACCACUGCGUCCCCCAAGUCCUUCCCUGCCAAGCCCACCCUCCCAGGCCCACCAGGGGCGCCAUCUUCCGGGGGCGAGUGCCCCUCGGGAGGUCAAUCUGUGUGCACGUGCCGUGAGCCCUUCGUGCCUAUCCUGAAGGAGUCACACCCUCUCUACAACAAGGUGCGCACCGGCCAGGUGCCCAACUGUGCAGUGCCCUGCUACCAGCCGUCCUUCAGCCCCGAUGAGCGCACGUUCGCCACCUUCUGGAUUGGCCUGUGGUCUGUACUGUGCUUUAUCUCCACAUCCACCACCGUUGCCACCUUCCUCAUCGACAUGGAACGAUUCCGCUACCCUGAGCGCCCCAUCAUCUUCUUGUCUGCCUGCUACCUGUGUGUGUCGUUGGGAUUCCUGGUGCGCCUGGUCGUGGGCCAUGCCAGCGUCGCCUGCAGCCGCGAGCACAGCCACAUCCACUAUGAGACUACUGGCCCUGCGCUGUGCACGGUCGUCUUCCUCCUAGUCUACUUCUUUGGCAUGGCCAGCUCCAUCUGGUGGGUCAUCCUGUCGCUCACCUGGUUCUUGGCGGCUGGCAUGAAGUGGGGCAACGAAGCCAUCGCAGGCUAUGCCCAGUACUUCCAUCUUGCUGCCUGGCUCAUCCCCAGCGUUAAGUCCAUUACAGCGCUGGCACUAAGCUCUGUGGACGGGGACCCAGUGGCUGGCAUCUGCUAUGUGGGCAACCAAAAUCUGAACUCGCUGCGUGGCUUCGUCUUGGGCCCACUGGUGCUCUACCUACUGGUGGGUACGCUCUUCCUUCUGGCGGGCUUCGUGUCGCUCUUCCGCAUCCGGAGUGUCAUUAAGCAGGGUGGCACUAAGACAGACAAGCUGGAGAAGCUCAUGAUCCGCAUUGGCAUCUUCACUCUGCUCUACACGGUGCCAGCCAGCAUUGUGGUUGCCUGCUACCUGUAUGAGCAGCACUACCGAGAGAGCUGGGAGGCGGCCCUCACCUGCGCGUGUCCAGCCCGCCGCCGCCGCAUACCACAAGCAAGUGUCCCUGUCGCAUGUCUAGGAGGCCUGGAGGCCGAGGCCCAGGGACAGUGCGGGAACUGAAGGAGGGGGUUGUUUUGCUUGGUAACUUUGUGAAGGUCACUUCCGUUUACCUUCUUGGUGCUGAUGCCCCCUCCCUGUGUGGCUUGGAGAGGGAAAAGGGCGGGUUUCAAGAGUAAUUGUCCCCAGUCUUCUACCAGGGGGCACGGCUCACAUGAAGUGUAUUCUAGUUUGUAUUUCUUACUGCCUUCUUUGGAAGAACCCUGUUUUUAAUUUAUAUUUUAAUUUUUAACAUUGUUGCAUUUUGGCAACAAAAUUUACCUUUGCUUUGGGGGCUUCACAAUCCUCAAGCGGGCAUUGUAAUGAGGUUACCCUCGGUUCAGGUUUGUUUGGACUGUGUGGUUUAAAUUGGGAAAAUAUAUUUCCUAUACGUGUGUCUUUUUUUUUUUUUUAAUGUGAACAGUGAAAGGCUGCUGUGACUGGGAAGGUGUGGAGUGUCUUUAUUUUUUUUUUAAGCUAGUUUUUUUCCUUACACUGCUUAAAAUGUCCAGGACACUUAGAGGCCAGAGGCCAUCUGCUAGUUCUGUGUAUUGCCCCCUCAAGACAUCCUCUGGAAUGGAGCAUGAUGUGGUUAGGACUAUCCCCAGGUAACAAGGUUGGAGAACUAAAGAUUUUGUGAGCCUCCUUAACCUCACUCAGCAAGCGCUGGGCUCUUUUCAGUCUGACCGACCACAGUCAUUCUCAUUCCUAAGAGCCAGGCGGUGUCUUGAAUGUGUUAGAGGUGGCAUUAUAGAGCUGGACAUACACAUUUGCCAUAAUGAGAGAGAGCCUGAGGGGUGGCGAUUGGUUGAAUGUGAAUUCUGAACCCGCAAGGUGACUGGUGAGGUGGUGAACUUUGUGCCCGAGAGGGAGUGGGUGGUUCUUAAUGAGCUCCCAUGAUCCCUUAUUAGUAUUUUUUAAAAAAGAAACUUGUGUUACAAUUUUCAGUAAAAGUAAAGCCUCUCCCUUCUUCUGGAAGUACUUAGGAUCUUUGCUAAAGGGGGGCACUCUUUUAGAUUAAAAGGACAAAAAACGGAUAUGCUUCCAGUAAUUAAAGUUCCCAUUGCGGCUUAUCUGCUCCUCCCACCCCACCUCCUUUAUCAUGCUAAACAGUCUUUCUCGCUUUUCUUAUUCCUCCUCCUGGAGAGCGGUGAUUAGAAGCCACACCCACCCUCCUAAGAGGUGCUGCAACUGGGGAGGGAGACUAGUUACCUGAGAACAAACACUGGCCUGGAGGAAGGAAAACAAGUGUCCCUGAACUAGUUUAAAGCCAGAUGGCCCCAAAGCAGCAACACUGUUCCCUGGUAGUCUCUGGAAAACAAACAAGACCCAUAACUUAGGCUUUGUAAUAUGGGCCAGUUGUAAUGCUACUGCGGGAGGGACCGUCCCCGCACCCCUGCUUUCUUUUCCUCUUCUGAGAAAGCCAAUAUAAUGCCGGACACCUCCUCACACACAGUCUCUCUGCUAUUAGAAAAGUCUGUUUGCUUUCCUAAUCAGUUUAAACAUUCAUUCAAGAAGAGUGUGAGGCCAAUACUGGGAAAGAAGUGACAGUGACCAAGACAGAGUUGGGGCUGAAUUUAAGGAGCUAAAAUGGCCAGACAAUUAAAACCAGUUGGAGUCUAGGCAUCUCGAUUUUCAUUUGCAGCAAAUGGGGGCGGGGUGGGGAUGGGAGCUAAGCCUGAAUCAGCUUUACCUCCCAGGUACUGAGUGGAGAAAUGCAGAGUUCCCACUGGGAAUUUAAAUGCUUAAGGCCUGAGUCUUAAGGUUGCUGGGAAGCUGUUCACAUUUGUAAAAUGCACUACCCUUACUCACUGAUGCUUGAGUCAAAAUUAAAGCUUCAGUAGCUUCUGCAAAACCUCGUACACCUAGCUAUAAAGCUCUGUGAAUGUCUUAUUCUGUUUACUCAGAAACCUCUUCCGGGAAGCUCAAUAGGCUCAACGCCGCUUCUGCUGUUUUUCAAAUGAGGCCCUUUUCUUAUCACCUUGACCUCUUGGCUUGCUUAGCAUGUCUUCCCAGAAUCUGCUGCCCAAGUCAACUGUGACUAGUUUGGGUUGUUCCCUCUUCAGGAAAAAAAUUGUAGAGGAAUCUAGAAAAGAUGUACAGUGUAUCUAAAAGUUGUAGGAUGAAGUGGAUGAAAGUGAUUUAAUUCAUUCCUUAAAAAAAUUAUUUUUUUCGUCUUAGCAACAUGCCAAACCAGGAACAAAAAAAGAACAAUCCCCUUUGAAAAAUAAAGUUGAAACAGAUUCGAUGCCAAGGGGAUGGACUAUGUAGGUUUGGAAGAAGCCUCAGAAGUCUCUUUUGUUUCUGUCCUCAAAUUUCCUCUCUUUUCUUCUCUCCUAUCCUAAGGAGACAAAGAGAGCCCACCUGCUUCCCCGAAUGAAGCCUGACAGACUCUAGCCUGCCCUAGGGGAGGGGAGAGGGAAGCUGUGUGUGUGUGUGUGUGUGUGUGUGUGUGUGUGUGUGUGGUCACCCCCUCUUUCCACCACACAUUUUCUUCUACUUGGCAUUUCUGUUGUGAUAACAAUAAAUGAAAUGACAUGAAGAGCUGUGGGGCAGUCCAGCAACUUCCCUGCCAGCUUUGGGCAACUGGGAGGAGUUGCGCGGGUUCCAGCUCCAGUGAGCAUGUUGUAGCCGCCUCGCUCACCUCUUUGAGCUCUAUGAUGCCACACAGGUUAGAGGGUGAGGAUUUAGAUAGUCUAAAGAAAGAGAUGGGACCUCAGUGACACCAGUGGCCAAAUGUUAGGGAGGUUCCCUAUUAUUUAAUUUUAUAUUUCCCUCCUCAUAUUUUGAAGUUGUCUAAAUUGGAUGAAAAUCAUUUUUCUUGGUGCCUUAAUUGGUUUAUUCUUGCAACCCUUUUGUCAUAGUUUGAUGUGACCGUUGCCAGUGACCAGGGCCUGUGUGUAUGCCUUGUGUGUAAUUGUGCGCAUGUACAAGCUUAAAUAAUGUGCCGAUGGCACUUGUUCUAAGUUGGUAUUCAUUAGGCUGUUCCCUCCUGGGCUAGGGCAGCACUAAUCUUGACACCGGCUGCCAGGAGACAACGUCACGGAUCAUACACCGAACCUUAAUAACAGCAUCCGUGACCUGCACUGGCGAGUGUAGAAUGGGAACCCCAGAGCUAGAAAGCACAGUUGUGUAUUUUAAUGAACUACUGGCCCUGCUAAGGAAGCCUCUUUCACUUUUGUGCUCUACAGAAAGACCCAGGGGGGUAGGAGGGACAAAGCUUUGAAUAAGUGCUUUCUAACACCGAAUGUGGCAAACAGGACUGAGCAAAUCUAGGCAGGUGUGAGGUAUGGUGGCCUGCUGCCUCUCUGUGUCCUUUCUUGUCUCCAAAGUCCAAUCAAGUGAUCCUGGGAAAGAAACAGCUUGGGUUGGGGAGGGCAGCUCAGAAAGAAACCCUAUCAAGACAUGAAAGAAGGGUGAAGGGUAGGCAGCAUGUGACUAACCUGCUUCAAACUCUCAGAAUCUUCUGUAGCUGGAUGACAAUUGCAGGAUUUUUUUUUUUUUUUUAUCCAG